CGGAUGGUCCAUGAGUCCAGGAUGUGGAGAYGUGGUGGCCAUGUGGGACGUAGGACUGAGUGACGGGGUCUACAGGAUCCAGUUUUCUCAUGGAACCACCACAGGGAAACGGGUCRUCUACGUCAACGGGAAGGAAGUCCUCAGGAGGGACUGGAUGUUUAAACUGGUUGGGACAGAGACCUUCAGGGUCGGACCCUCUGACACUAAAGCCACCAUCAGCAUCGAGGCCGUCGGUGGUCUGGCCUACGAGUACUCCCUCCUUGUGGACGGGAAGAGUCUCCAGAAGUUCAUCGACAACAGAGCCAAGACCACCCAGACCUGGGUGGUCCGGGUGGAUGGGACCGACUACAGGGUUGUCCUCGAAAAGGACACCAUGGACAUCUGGUGCAACGGACAGAAAAUGGACACGACGGGGGAGUUUGUGGACGAUGGCACAGAGACCCACUUCCUCCUGGGCGACCACAGCUGCUGCAUCAAGGCCACCAGCAGUGGGAAGAAGAAGAGUGGUAUUGUUCACAGUUUAUUGCUGGAUGGACAGAAGGUACCGGACCAGAGAUCAGACCAAAGACCAGAUGGAUCAGUUCUGGUCUUUCAUACAGACUCUGCAUGAAGUUUUACAAUGGAAGAGUUUUUGUAGUUCAGUACUUGAGAAAACUUUUAUCAUAAACUUAGUGGUUUUUUUUAUUUGUAUAUUUGUGUUCAGAAUAAAAGUCUGACACGUGCAGCUGUUUGUUC